AUGGCUUCAAACAUUGCGGCCUACGACCCACACCUUCUCUCCCAUCGAGAGAGAGUCGUAGCUCUGCUUCGGACUGACACACACAAUCCGCUGCUUCACCUGGAACUUGGGAAGGUUCAUGUUCGACUGGGGUUCCCAGAUCUUGCUGCUGCCGACGCAUAUCGUGCCUUGACUCUGUUUGAGCAUGUGCUUGAUCCGCACAGUGAGUACGUUGCUAGGAAACGGAUCCAGAGUGCCUUGACGAGGCAAAAGAAUAUUAUGCUUGCACUAGGCCGGGGUGAUUCAAGUGACAAUGAUUCUGCUGCUCUUGAAGAUGAUGCCUUUGAAGACUCAUCAUGGGCUGAUUACAAGGAGAAUAUUGGUGAUGUUUAUAUCUUGCUUGUUGAAGGCCUCGUGCUGAGUGGAUGCAUGAAGGACGCUUUUGAAUUUUGUAUGCAGGGCAUAAAGCUCCCGCACGGGGAUGAGAGAGAGACAAGGAACGAAAUCCUGGAGAAAUUCUUGUCCGCUAUCAAACGCUCCCAUAUGGAUGCGAAGUCUAGAGCCCAAGAGGGGGGCUCUAGCUACCAAUUUGAUGCCGCGGACUUGCGAGUUCAAGGAUACGCGCGAAGGGUGGUGUAUCCAUGGAACACUCAUGAGCCGGAUCGAAGAUCCCCGGAGAUAGUGGAUUUACUAAAUGCCCGGCUGCAAGAUGUAGCACCAAAGUGCGAAGUCAGAUCCGUGGGGCUGCCAGCGCUACACGGUUUAAAACCUACCACCAAUCACCAAAAUGGGCAUGAUCAGGCGAAGGAAGUUUCUAUUCAGUUGGGCUUGUUUGCGAAAGAAGACAUCGCCGCAGGAGAAGUGGUACUCCAUGAGUCGUCUAUGCUAACAGCAACAAAUCGUCUGCAUGACGACCUAUGUGAUGCGUGCAAUUCUCGGUUGCCUCAACUUGAUUCCUCAGAACCACCAUUCGCAUGUGAGGACUGCGAAGACACCGUCUUCUGUAGUGAAAGUUGCUACGACAUUGCCUACGACACAUAUCACCGUGCUAUCUGUGGAGAGGAGGGUCUAGAGUCCAUUGGAAAGGAUAUUCCUGACCCCAAAGAUAAAGCAGAUUAUCUUUAUCUUUUGCUACUUGCUCGUUCGAUGGCCAUGGCACAAACACAAGGUGUCCAUCCUCUUGAUCUUCCGGAGGUAAAAUAUAUCUGGGGUGACUUCCACACCAUUGAAGAUAACCCAUGCACGCAACUAUUGUCCGUGAGCCUUCAAAGCUCAAUUACCCUAACUCCACAGCCACCUUCAGCGACACUGCCUUUUUCAUUCCAAUUAAACAUCCUCCAACCCAUGCGAAUUGUUGAGGAAAUGGGGCUUGAUCCAUUUGAUUCCCUCGCGACGUUUGAUACAUGGAUUUACAACACUCUUUAUGCUAAAUUUCGUGGUACAGCAUCUGGGCGCUUGUCGACCUGGGAUGGUGGGCCAGAGGUGUGUGCAGUCCACCCGCUCUGGUGUCUCGCAAACCACAGCUGCGACCCAAACGUACGUUGGGAGUGGGGAGGGGAAAUUACUUUUAAGGCUAGAAAUGAAACGGAGAGGGUGCAGUGGGGCGGCAAGCAGGAGCAGGAGGAACGGAAGGAUGCUCAGGCGGGAAAUAUUGCAAUUCGCAAGGACGAAGAGAUCUUGAAUCAUUAUUGUGACCUUGGGCUUGUGGUUAAGGAGAGGAGAGAGUGGGCUAUGGGAGCGCUGGGUGGACCCUGCCAAUGCUGCAGAUGCACUUGGGAGGAGCUUCAGCCAUAA